AUGGCCGGCGAGAAAGGAACGGAAAUCCGUGAUGAUAAACCAACAACUUCAUUAGCAAGUAAUUAUUUAAAUCAACACCACAUGGCUGUUACACUUUUUGAGCACACUGUCUAUUUGCUGCGCAUCCAAUUGGAUUGUUCUUCGCAAUUGAGAACUGAUUUAACUCCAACAGGUUGUAAUCUCGCUCAAGAUGUCAAUGUUUGGAUUGAUAUCAAUGAUGAUGGAAGAUUCGAUGAUUCAGAAAUCGGCGCACCUUAUCGUUGGCCAGUAACCAGUUAUAUGGCCGAAGGUAUUUAUGAUAUACAAAUAUAUGUGCCAUUAAUCGGUAACAGAUAUAUGAAAAAUGGACCACAUAGAAUGCGUAUCUCUGUCGUACCCAGUGAGCAUUAUCGAGGUGUUUGCGGCUAUUAUGAUUACAACGAAUCACGAGAAUAUAUGGUGACCAUUGUUCCAAGAAUGAAAUAUUCUUCACUCGAUGCUACUCCAACUUCUGUGGUACCGCACAAUGUGCCAUGCUCUCCUGAUGUUGGCAAACUCAUUCUUGUUGUGAUGGCUGGUGAACAUCGAACACAAAUUCGAGAUGAUGAAUCAACUAGAGCUGCAUUGACCGGCAAGACUCCAAAUUAUCAACAUCUAGCUAUUGUACUAUAUGAAGAUACCGUCUAUCUUCUACGCAUCCAAUUAGAAUGCACUGGAACACAAGACAGAGAUUCAGUUGGAAACAACUGUAACCUGCCUCAUGAUGUAGCUGCAUGGAUCGAUUUAAAUGAUGACGGUAAAUUUAGCGAUACGGAAAAUGCAGCUCCUCAUCGCUGGCCACUCACUAGCUAUGUGCCACAAGGCAUCUAUGAUCUACAAAUAUAUGUUCCUGAUAUCGAUGGAGCGAGAACAAAAAGUGGACCCCAUCGAAUGCGUCUUGAUGUAACCUUAAAUGAACAGUAUCGUCAAAAAUGUGGCAAGAAUUAUUAUAGAGAAACACGAGAAUAUAAUGUUACUAUUGUUAAAAAGAAUAUGAAGCAAACAGUCGAUAUUGGAGGCCCGUAUUUGACAUUACCGAGCAAUGUAUGUACUAAAACUCAUGGCAAAAUUGUACUUGUUAUAAUGGCUGGUGAAAAAGGAUCUCAUAUUCGAGAUGAUACACCAAUAAAUACUGUCAUCAGACCGGAACAAAAUCGACACCAUAUGGCUGUUACAUUAUUUGAAAAUACCAUCUAUCGAAUACGUAUUCAAUUAGACUGCGACCGUCGCUCUAGUAGAGCUCCAUUUAAGAUCCAAUGCAACCUUGCUUAUGAUGUAAAUGUUUAUAUUGAUCUAAAUAACGACGGCAGAUUUGACGAAUCAGAAAGUCGCACCCCAAAUCGAUGGCCACUGCGUAGUACAAUGACAGUAGGAAUUUAUGAUUUGGAAAUUCCUGUACCCAGUAUCGAUCGAGUAACUACGAAAGAUGGAUCACAUAUCAUGCGCGUUGUUGUGAAAGCAAGUGAUGAGUAUGUUCGAUUAUGUGGCAGAUCUGAUUACAGUGAAACACGAGAGUACACCGUCAACAUCAUUCCAAAGGAAACAUAUGGUGGUCCUCAUAUAUAUGUUGCCGCUGAUACAUAUGUUGCUCCUGAUACAUAUGUUGCCCCUGAUACAUAUGUUGCUCCUGAUACAUAUCGUGUAGAUAAUAGAGGCUACGUAGGUACACAUUGCUCUUCUGGUAAUUUAAUAUGUUCAGUAGGCAAUACUGCUAUUUUUUCGGUAAGUAUAUCGGGUGAGGACAAUACAGAGAUCCGGGAUGAUACAAAAACAUGUAGCUCAACCAAUAAUUAUGUUGAUCGAAGCAAUCUAGCUGUGACAUUAUUUGAUAAUACGGCUUAUACUCUUCACAUCGAAUUAUCUUGUGUCGAACAAUCAGGCUAUGGUAACACUUAUAGUCAAGAUCCAUCUGUAUUCGGAAGAAAUUGUCGCAAUGCUCGCUAUCUUGGUAUGUGGAUAGAUUUCAAUAAUGAUGGUACAUUUGAUGACAAUAUAGAACGAUUAAUUCCUAAUAAUUGGUAUCGAGAUGAUCCUCGAAUGACCCAGAAUGAUAUAAGUUUUACCAUUCCCCAAAUUGAUGGUAGAUAUAAUGUCGGUGGACAACAUCGAAUGAGAAUUGUUCUGGUACAAGAUGAAAGAUAUCGUAAUCCGUGCCAAAACACUGGUUAUGGUGAAGCACGGGAUUAUACAGUACAAAUAGUACAAAAACAUGAGUACUAA